GGUUUGACAUUCAAGUAAUGUCAGUUUCAAAGUCAACAAACUGGAGUCGAACAUACAAUAAAAAUCAGAGUCUUUGCCCAUAAAAACGUAAUUCCAUCACGCGACAACUAUUCAGCCUGCUUGAUUAGCUUGUGGAAUGGGUGAUAGAGACUGGCGUCCAUUUAUUUAUGGAGGUGUAGCAUCAAUUUUUGCAGAGUUCGGGACGUUUCCCAUAGAUACAACCAAGACACGAUUACAAAUUCAAGGACAGAAAAUCGACCAACAAUUUACGAAACUCAAGUACCGGGGCAUGAUAGAUGCCUUCAAUCAAAUAUCACAACAGGAAGGUGUGAGAGCACUGUAUUCCGGAAUCUCACCGGCUGUCUUAAGACAGGCUACAUAUGGAACGAUCAAAUUCGGAACGUAUUACACAUUGAAAUCGAUUGUAACCGAACGAGGACUGUUGCUGGACAAAAAUGGCGAUGAGCGAGUGAUUGGGAAUAUUUUGUGUGCGGUGGCUGCCGGUGCCAUUUCGAGUGCAAUUGCCAAUCCGACAGAUGUGCUCAAAGUUCGUAUGCAAGUGCAUGGACGGGGUACCGAACAAAUGGGAUUGUUCGGUUGCUUCAGGCAGAUUUAUCGAAUUGAAGGCGUGACGGGAUUGUGGAGGGGAGUUGGCCCAACCGCACAAAGAGCCGCCGUAAUUGCAGCUGUCGAACUACCCGUGUAUGAUUUCUGUAAAUUUCACUUGAUGGAAGUGUUUGGCGAUCAUGUGGCCAACCAUUUUAUAUCAAGCUUUGUAGCUAGCUUAGGAAGUGCAAUUGCUUCGACCCCCAUAGAUGUGAUAAGAACGAGACUUAUGAAUCAAAAAAUUUUAUCGAGCACAGGGAAUCAGUUAACGGCAGCAUCUCACACAAUUUACAAUGGGAGUGUAGACUGUGCGGUCCAGACAGUGCGCAACGAAGGUUUCGCUGCCCUUUACAAAGGUUUCAUUCCCACAUGGGUUCGAAUGGGUCCUUGGAACAUCAUUUUCUUUAUAACGUACGAACAAUUGAAAAAGUUUUACUAAAACCACUCCGUAUACCCUCGUCUCGUUUAAGAAAAAGACACAAACGCUUAACGUACACACACCAACAACUACAACACUAUUCGACGCUGGUUAUUUUUCUUUCAAAAAUAUUUAUUUCAAACGGUCUUUGGUUUCAUUGGAUAGGUAAAUUAAUAGUUUUCUGCGACCUUUCACUAUGUGUUCUGAUGUGAAGAGUGAACACAAGAAAAAAAAAUUCGAAUUUUUAGAUUCAUUUUAGUGUAAUACCCAUCGAUGUUCAGAUUUACGUAAGUCGGUGGAACUUAUGAGAUCAUUUUAGUUUUACGAG